AUGGCAACGCGGAAUGAGCGUAGUGACGAAGUUAAAAUCGAUGCGUCGACUUGCCGACGAGAAAAUAAAUGGGCCGCGAGGUUGCGAAGUUGGGCGUGUACCAUCCUGUCUUGGGCACCAUCUCUGUGCAAUCCAUUCUUUCGUACCCGAGCUGACGGAGACGCCGAAAGAGAUGGAGUGGACGAAACCGAGUCCGACGAAGCCGACAACGAUUCGCCGCCCGGAUCUCAGGGCAAGGCCUCGCCUCGCCCGCCGAUUCAUUCUUUCUCCGAGAUGACCCUGAAUGGGGAGUAUGACGGAGACGAAGCAGAACACGACCUUCAACAGCCCAGCAACAUCCCGGUUCAGCGACUCUGGCAGAGUGUGAAGCAUACCAAGAGGAAAGGAUCUCAGAUCCUGAAAGAAGGAUGGAUGAUUCAUUGCACGAACAAGGACCCAUGUGGUCGUUUGCACUACUGGAGGUUGGAUCCCAAGUCCAUAACGCUGUACCAUUCGGAGACGAAUAAAAACUUUUUCAAGGAGAUCCCCUUGUCGGAGAUACUGGCUGUGGAAACAGCAAAAUCUGCCGGAAGCAGCUGUGGUCCAGAUUUCAAGAAAGAUGCCCCGACGCACUGCUUUGAGCUACGAACGGCCAAUGUAGACUAUUACGUUGGGCAGGACAAGCCAAAAAGUGUCACGGCAAGGCCAGAGCCCGAAGGCGUGCUUGCUGCCUCACCCAUGGAAAAAGGUUUUGGUACACAUCUUGCCAAAAGCUGGGAGACAGCCAUCAGACAAGCUUUGAUGCCUGUGACACCGCAAAGCAGUACAAGUGAACAGAAAGUUGAGCCGGUUGCUGCAAAUGGAGGUUCAGGCAGGCUUCCGAAAGAGCCGAUGAUGACCAUUCCUCCUGGCCGUGAAAGAGGAGCAAAUGACAUCACUCAGCUUUACGAAAUCGCUGCUGAGGAAGUCCUUGGUUCUGGACAGUUUGGAGUCGUAUACGGCGGGGUGAAUCGGAAAAACAAGCGUCCUGUGGCGAUUAAGAUUAUUGACAAGACGCGGUUCCCGCAUAAAAACGACUUGCAACUGAAGAACGAGGUUUCGAUUCUCCAGAACAUUUCUCAUCCUGGUAUAGUCAUCUUGGAAAGCAUGUACGAGACCCCUGAACGAAUUUACGUUGUGAUGGAGAAGUUGAAAGGUGACAUGCUGGAAAUGAUACUGUCUUCGCCGAUCGGACGUUUAUCAGAACGAACGACUCGCUUCCUCAUUACUCAGAUUCUAGUUGCUUUGAAACACUUGCACAGCAAGAACAUCGUCCAUUGCGACUUGAAGCCUGAGAAUGUGCUGUUGUCCGAAGAUACGGAAUUUCCUCAAGUAAAGUUGUGUGACUUUGGCUUUGCUCGCAUAAUUGGAGAAAAGUCAUUCAGAAGAUCUGUUGUUGGCACCCCAGCUUACCUCGCGCCGGAGGUCAUUCGCAACAAAAAAUACAACAGAUCUUUGGAUAUGUGGAGUGUUGGCGUGAUCGUGUAUGUCAGCCUUAGUGGUACAUUCCCAUUCAACGAAGAGGAAGACAUUCAUGAUCAGAUCAAAAAUGCCGCGUUCAUGUAUCCUCCGACUCCAUGGAAAGAGAUUUCCACUGCUGCUGUCGACUUGGUGAACCACUUGCUCCAGGUCCAGGCAAAUAAGCGUUACACUGUUGACAAAACUCUGAUGCACCCGUGGCUUCAGGAUUACCACACAUGGUGCGACUGUAGAGAGCUGGAGUCUAAGGUAGGAUUCCGCUACAUCACUCAUGAGUCUGACGACGAGCGCUGGGAACAGUAUCGCCGGAGGAAUGUGGCAGAUGGCGCUCAUGCUGCCAGAGAUGGUUACUCCUUCACACAAUGAACAACCUGCAAACAAUGUGUUGAAUUCUGUGACAGAGAUUCACUCAAAAAUGAGUUGGUUUCUCCAAAUCCAUCAUUCCAAAUGCAUCCUGUUGGAGAUUCCCGCGCUGCAUGCAUACGACAUUCCAACAAUGCAUCUCCCAAAACAUUUCAUUUUCACGUCAUCUUAGGCUGAAGCGCAUCAGGACAAAAAGUUGCAAGGCUGCUUUUUGGAUGCACAUCCAUUCUUCAUCUGUGCCUCGAAAAAAUUCCCUUGCUUGCCUGUUUUUUUUUUAUCUUGGAAGAGUUUUGGGAUUUGUCUUGGUUACGCUUGCUGGGGAGGAUCCCUUUGUCAGUCCUGAAGUCUUUUAUGAAUGACUCCAGGGAGGCUAUGCCGAACUUGCUUCGUUGUUGCUGCAGAUGGGAGUAACGUUAGUGGGGAAGUGACAGAUAAGCAAAGAGGUAUGCAUGCUACAUACAGUACUUGGUUUUUUGCGCAUCCUUCUUUGAAUUCUUCAACGAAACACUCAACAAUCUGUUCCCACUUUUAAGGAAAAUCAAGCCAGAUAAUCUGGUUUUUGCUUCAGUGUGUAUGCUGAAGGUGAAUAUAAUUGAAAAGGAUUUGCAAAUGUAGUUUACUUUUCUCAUAUUAUGCUCUCAACUAUGCAGUUCUUGCUAUACAGUGUCAUGUGGAAAAUUGCUAUCUAAAAUGAAAAUCCAUUCAGGUUUUCUUGCCAGCGCCAUUUGAUCAUCUCUCCAAAAGAGAUUCAGCUGGAUGAUGUGACACCCCAUCAAAGUCAGAUGAGGUAAAAAUAAAUUAUUAACCCCUUGUAGUUCUAGUGAAAGAAGUGUGUCUGAAACACAAACACCUUGACUGAAUCUUAUAGUAAAAGAACGUAUUGUAGUAUGUUGCAGUCGAGGCUUUGCUUAUUAUACAGUACAGAAGUGAAAGACUUUGUCCGUCAACAACAUCGCGGCAGUUGACAACGGAAGCUAAGGUGUGGCAGUCAAAUUUUGUAAUGAUGCCUGAGGCCGGGAAAAUGAGCUUUGCUUGUUUUGAAUAAUAUUGCUUUGAAUUAUGGUUUAGGGCGGUUGUUCUCAAUUAAGAGACGCACUUGGUGGCCUUAUUGUUGAUGAGUUGGAAUUAGAGAGAUUGUUCGCUUCGCGCUGCAGCUGAUUCAAAUGCUUUGAUUCUACGAAAGUGGCUGAGCUUUUGUCUGAUUUGCUGAUGAAAAAGUUUUAUUUUGAGGAUGCUCUCACCGCCGCUGCUGAUGUACGCUUUGUGUAUGCAGAUGAAUGGGUUGGUCCGUAUUCUUGACUUGGACAUAUUUUGAUCUUUUUGGAACAUGCUGUUUGAGCGCGAAAAGCUGACAUUUAACUGAGUGAAUCGAAACCCACGCACGACUUGAAUAAUCUUUUUAAUCCUUUUGUGAUGCACGUGUAUGAUAUUCUUGCUCCUGUGGGUGAUUUGAAUCGCGCGUGGGAUGAGAAUGGCAGCCCAAGGAUUAUGCCCCACAAGUUUUUGUAUUUGAAUGUUUAUUUGUGUUGUCCAGGUUUCUGGACAGAUUUCAAAAUCACUACGUUCCUUCAAAGCUGCUGACAUGAACUAGCAUGUGCAGUUGUGCCUUCUCAUGUCCGUAUGGCAAAAAUUGAUCCAGUACAGUAGUUGUAAAACCGCUUCCGUGUUACCUUUUGCAGAUUUCAUCAGGAGAGGAAUACUGUGCAUAGCUUUUUAAUGGUCUCUUAUCAUCAAGUUAUUGCAUCCUGGUAGUGGAUCAUUAUUUUUUCACCUCCCGCAAGUAUUCCAUGCAUUAUUGAUGGUGAUCAAGAGUUCUCUUUUCCAUACUAGAAUCUCCUUUUCAAGUUAAUGACUCGAGAAAGAGUGCCACCUGUUUUUGUUGAACUGUGAAGAAUCUGAAUAUUUCCCAUUCCUGCCUCUUGACCAGGCUACAGUACUUGAAUGUCAACGCACCCUUCCUUCGGGAUACCAAAUGUGUCUCCCUUGUCAAUGCACCACUUUUCUCAGAUACCAAAUGUGAUCAUCUGCGAAAGAAAUGCUGCUGUCCUUAUCCACUGCACAUAUGGUUCUUUUCAGUGAUAAACUUUUCUUCUGUGAGCGUAUGAGAAUUUUAUGAUUACUGCUGUUUGGUGUCAAUCGUUUGUGAAUUUCAUCUUAUAUAUUACGUUUUUUCGGGAAUGAAGAUAUUUACUUCUUGGUCGCA